AGAUACAGUAACAGCAGCCAUGCCUCGCAUCGAGAACGACAUCAAACUCGACUUCAAGGAUGUGCUGCUCCGUCCCAAACGCAGCACGCUCAAGUCCCGUAGUGAGGUGGACCUGAUGCGCAGCUUUACUUUCCGAAACUCAAAAGGCAGUUACAGAGGUAUUCCCAUCAUCGCUGCUAACAUGGACAUGGUUGGAACCUUUGAGAUGGCCGUGGCACUGCAUUCGUUCUCACUUUUCACUGCCGUCCACAAACAUUACUGCGUAGACGACUGGAAAGAGUUUGCAGCGAAGCACCCAGAAUUCCUAGAGAGCGUGGCCGUCAGCACUGGAACAGGCGAGAAUGAUUUCGAGAGGCUCGCUGCUAUUUUGGCGGCUGUGCCUCAGAUACAGUACGUUUGUGUCGACGUAGCGAAUGGAUAUUCGGAGCACUUUGUGCAUUUUGUCAAGGACGUGAGGCAGAAGUUCCCUUCACACACCAUCAUGGCUGGAAACGUGGUCACGGGAGAGAUGGUGGAGGAGCUGAUUCUCGCUGGAGCUGACAUCAUUAAAGUGGGCAUCGGUCCAGGCUCAGUGUGUACAACCCGUAAGAAGACAGGAGUGGGCUACCCUCAGCUGAGUGCUGUAAUCGAGUGUGCUGAUGCUGCACAUGGCCUGGGUGGACACAUCAUCUCUGAUGGAGGAUGUACCUGUCCUGGUGAUGUCUCUAAGGCUUUUGGUGCGGGAGCGGAUUUCGUGAUGCUAGGUGGAAUGUUGGCAGGUCACUCUGAGAGUGGGGGUGAGACCAUUGAGAAAAACGGCAAAAAGUACAAACUGUUCUACGGCAUGAGCUCCGAUAUGGCCAUGAAGAAGCACGCAGGAGGAGUAGCAGAGUACAGGGCGUCUGAGGGUAAGACAGUGGAGGUGUCCUAUAAAGGGCCAGUGGAGGUCACUGUGAAGGACGUACUGGGUGGUGUUCGCUCCACUUGCACCUACGUGGGAGCUGCUAAGCUGAAGGAGCUGAGUCGCCGUACCACCUUCAUUAGAGUGACUCAGCAACUCAACACUGUGUUUGGAAACAAUGACUAACACAUCGCUGUUGCUCAUGAGUGCUGGUCUGGUCUGACAGAUUUACUGCAUUAGGUCAGAUUCCUGCAAAGGUUAAGAAUUUGCACAUCUUUUCUAGUCAUUCUGUAUUAGUCACCUGACAUUCGCACACAAAUGCACACAGUGACAAACCUCACAGCUUUUCCUGCAGCAGUGUUAUGGUUGUGGCUGGCAAGGCUAAGAGAAAUUCACCUGCUUAGACUACAUAUAAAGACUUUUAUCAUUUGAACAU